GGAGUAGCCAGAUCCAGAACCUGCAGUUUCGGGAUCAGUGGUACACGGUAACACAGCGGGGCAUAAGUGGCUUUUCCCCUUACGAGACCCUGAAACCUUCCAAAGGGGGAUUGUGGUCUCCUAUUGAUGAACACUUUUGUGUGCCAAGGCAGUUGAAAGGCAGGAAAAUUAUGCCUGAUCCCAAUGUGAUGCAGAAUGAUGCAAGGGCCAAAUUCUGCAAGGAGCACACUUACAUUGCAGAGUUCUGUUCUGUUGAUCAGCGUAAUACACCCCUCAGACCUGCAAUACUAACUAAUCGGCAGUUGGUUGGAAGUCCCAUGUUCUCAACCCCAAUUAUGGUGAUUGCUGGAGAGUCGCUAUCCUCACUCACUCUCACCUUGGAGACCAUCUUGAGUCAGCCAGGAAUUCAACCACGAUAUGUGGUGGUUAUCUACAAUCCUGAGCUUGUCAAAGAUGUGCCGGAAUUGUGCAAGCUGUUUGGUUUCAGUUACAAGGCUAUCAGUGAAAAACAUUACUUUAAGAUUUUAGAACUGACCUUUGAGACUGCUCAUGCCCUUUUCCCGGGUUCAUUGUAUGUGACGGUUCUGGAGGAAGGUCUCUUGCUGUCACCAGACUUCCUUGCUUACUCAGCUACAGUUCUGCCUUUGCUACAUGACCCAACCAUUCUUGCUAUUUCUGCCUGGAAUGCAAAUGGGUUCCUGAAUGUCUCAACCCGUCCAGAUUUGGUUUACCGAACAGAAGAUUUUCCAGGACAGGCAUUUACUAUUCGUAUGGCAACUUACUUUAAAGAAAUGAAGCCGAACAUGAUACAGUGUUGCAGCAAACGAGGUUGGGAAGGCUGGCUGGAGUUUGGACGCUGGGAGAGAGAAAUUGUGGUGCCAGACAUCUCUCGGGUGUUGAGGAGACCUGUAGGACCUGAUCUGGAACCUGUAACUCCACUUGUGCAUGCUCUCUUCCACCGCCUCAGAGCUACAAAUUUGGAAAUCACUGCACAAAUUAAUGGGGCUGAUUUGCUGAGUGCUGAGAGAUAUGAAAGCCAUCUUGUUACCAAACUGAACUCCAGCGGCACACGCAUGAUACGAGCAAGCAAAGAGGAUGUGGUGAAGUGUGCAGAAACAGAAUCUAUUGAGAGCCUCCACCUGAACUUAAAGAAUGCAAAGCCUGAAGUCUUUGUUCUUGCUUACAAAGAACAUGAUGUGGCAGAUUUCAAUGGAAUGAAGAUUUUGUGUCGUUGUUUUGGUCUCUUCUUUGAGGACCAUUCACCACCACGGGGACUUCACAGAGGAUUGCUAAGGUUUACCAUGAAGGGAAAUGAAAUGAUUUUGCUAAGUAACAGAAGUCCUCUCUUUGUAAUACCACCAUUUAAUGGAACAAAACUCAUCCUGCCCUGAAACAGGCUUGCUUGUGCUCUGUAUUACAGAGUAAUAGGCCUUUUUUCCCUGAAAACCCUGUUUUUCAUUGUAGAAAAUAGUGUUUCCCAUGAGUGUCAUGGUUGUAGUGUUUUCCUUUAGAAGUGGGUUUUGUAGUUGCUGUUUGUUGAAGUACAUUUUUUUUAAAGCAUGAAAGAUAUACAUAUUUAUGAAGUAUGUUACUUUGCUCUACAAGUUGAAUAUAUUUCUCACUAUCUUUUAGUGGGCAUUCAUCUUGUUACUGGUACCAUAAUAGUUUCUUGCUAGUAUUCCCUCUUCCCCAGUAUUGCUAGGUUUGUGAAAGAAAGUUUGUAGCUUUGGUGAUAUGUAGGAGGACAAGUAAUGUAUGUAUAUAGAGUUGAAUACUUAUUGUAAUGAAGGGUCAGUUUGGUAAUGUUAUUUUUAGUAUAGACCAUAAAUUAGAUAUGAAUGUUGAUUGUUAUAUAGGGUGUUGCACAAAUUUUAAAGCUUAUAUUUGUAAAGAUAAUAGAACAUACAAUUUUCAGUAGUAAUUCUUCCAGACACAAGUAUUUUUCUGAUUAUUUUAGGCAAAGUAACCAUAGGAGAAGCAGGAGUCUGUGCAGAAGAGGAAGGGGAGAGAGUGAGGCUGGGUGUGCAAUUAUAAUUCUGUGAAAUAUUUGUUUUUAAAUGAGGGACUUUUUAUGCAAAUUACAGAAUGCUACAGUCUUUACAGACAAGAAAUGGCAUUAAUUAACAAACAUUGAUCCACCACAAAAGACAACAAAAAGCUGUGUGGCUGUAAGUAGCAGGAAAAAUAAAAUAUAACAUGUAUUUGCAAUCAAUGGAGUGUCAGUAAACUCAAAGAAUAGAUAUAUCUAACUUUUGAUAUCACACCAAAAGUAAUGUGAAAAAUGUAAAUUGAGUUUAGAAGAGUUUCUACAGAGAAUCACAUUCUUUCACAUCUACCAUGUUUAUUAAUCUACAGCCAUUGACAAUUGUACAGUAUAUGUUGCAAGGCAAUAACAGAUAGAAAUAGAUUGUAAUAAAAGUGUAACCACUGUAUUAUUCAAUUAAAUGAGAAUGUAUGUUUUGAAAAAAAUGGAAUCACAUGGAAUACUUAAAAAUUCUGUUAAACCCUAAAUAUGUUAAUUACUUCACUCAUGGUAGAUUGUAUGUGAGAUCCUUUUAAAAAUGUAGAUUUUCAGGGUGAACUGAUAGGUCAGUUGCAUGAAUAAGUUUGACUUCAGCUGUAAUAUGAUUUGGUUAAUAAAAUGAUAAGUUAAUUUAAAUUGACACAAACCUUUUACUGGUUAUAGGAAUUUGCUUUCUUCAGAUGUGAUGUAGAAAUUAUUUUUCUCAUCUAGACUUUAAAACUUCUAACUGGUUCCCAUUUCCGUAUCUAGGCUUUUGAAUGCCUCUUUUAUGAAUGAUCUCCAUGAAAUAAUGAGUCUCUUGGAGCUCUGUUACCAGCUGUGAUUAAACUGAAUUUUGUUAUACUUAAAUAAAAUAAAGAUGAUUUGAAAUGCUA